UCAGCCAAUCGCAGGAGUGUUCGCCAUGGCGGCAGCCAAUGGCAUGGAAGCCCUAUUGAGAGUAAUGCUAGAGGGUUGAGAGAGCAGACUACUGCGUAGACCUAUUACAUCCACAUACAGCCAUUGCAGUACAUUCACUAUCCAGACAAGACAGCGGAUAUUUAGGCAAAGAUGGGGAAGGAUCCAACAAAACCAAGAGGCAAAAUGUCCUCUUACGCAUACUUUGUCCAGACCUGCCGAGAGGAGCAUAAGAAGAAACACCCUGAGGCAACGGUCAACUUCUCUGAGUUUUCCAAAAAGUGCUCAGAGCGAUGGAAGACUAUGUCAGCUAAGGAAAAAGGGAAGUUUGAAGAUAUGGCCAAACAAGACAAGGUCCGUUACGAGAGGGAGAUGAAAAACUACAUUCCACCCAAAGGCGAGAAGAAAAAGAGGUUUAAGGACCCCAAUGCUCCCAAGAGACCCCCGUCUGCCUUCUUCAUUUUCUGCUCUGAGUUCCGACCCAAGGUGAAGGAAGAGACCCCUGGUCUCUCCAUUGGAGAUGUGGCUAAGAAACUGGGUGAGAUGUGGAACAAAACAUCAGCUGAGGAGAAGCAGCCAUUUGAGAAGAAGGCAGCCAAGCUGAAGGAGAAGUACGAGAAGGACAUCACCGCCUAUCGCUCCAAAGGCAAAGUGGGAGGUCCAGCCAAGGCCCCAUCCAAGCCAGACAAGGCUAAUGAUGAUGAUGACGAAGACGAUGAUGAUGAUGAUGAGGAAGAAGAUGAGGAAGAAGAUGACGAUGACGAGUAGAUAAAUAACAUUUAGAGACUAGCUUGUUGUCUAUAAAGCAUUUAACCCCCCUGUACACUUUACUGAGGCUAUAAAAUGGGUAAGAGAAAUAUACCACCACAACAUCAAAAAACCUGAAAGAAAAAAAUUAAAUAAGGCUGUGUAUAUGAUAUGUUUUUAAGCUGUACAGUUUCUUUUUUUUUUCCUGUUUUGUAUAGUUAACACUACAGAAGUGUCAUCUGUGUUUGUCUGAAUGCCCCAACCCUUAAUUUAGUUCUAAUUUUAAUUUCUUAAAAAUGGUUCCAACACCACUAUCCUUGCCCGGUACAGUUAAAAACAAAACAAAUGGGGGUUGUAAAAUUGUCUUUGGGUCAGUGGAGUUUUAGAUGUGCGCAGCACACAACCUAGUUUCAUGUGAGGUUGUAGUUCAUAUCUUAAUGUACUUUUUUUUUUCUCGUUUACACUUUUUCCAAAUCAGAUAUUAUCAUCAUUAGUAAACUGCCGUAUCAAAGUUAUUUUACUGUAUUUUCAAUACCACUGUAUUUGCAGAAAUGAUUUAAAAAAAUGUAAUUGUUUUGUUCUGGUAUGCUUCUGACAUCAAUAAACUUUUUUUUUUAAAUAAAGAAGUUGCUUUCACUUU